AUGCUCCUUUGUUACUGCAAGCUCCGAGACCUUCCCCGGGCCCAAUCUCUUUUUGGUUCCAUCAUACAGCUUGGAACUUUGCCCAGUUUAGCCUCGUACAGCGCGUUGCUUCGGCUAUUGUGUGUCAAAGAACAGGUGUCGCACGCUCUCUCACUCUUUUUCCGCAUGGCCAAAGCUGGUGUUCUCCCGCCUGCGUCCUCUUAUCACGCUUUGAUUUCUCGGUUGUGCUACAAGGGUUACCUGAAUGAAGCACGCGUCCUGUUUGAUGUAAUGCUUGGUGAUGGCAUUGGGCCCUCACUUCCUUUGUUGGGGUCCUUGACCUAUGGCUUUUGCAAAUGGCAUAGAAUGUUGGACGCUGAGCGAGUUUGUAGGCUAAUGAAGUUACAUGGGUUCGUUUUGGAUCGUAGGCUGUGCAUGAUGAUGAUUCAUGGGUAUGUCAAGGAAGGAAGGGUAAAUAUGGCUCUUGAUCUUUUUAAGGAGAUGAAAGAGAGGAUUGACUGUCCACCAGAUGUGUACUCGUAUAAUAUAAUGAUCUUCAGGCUCUUGAAGCUUAAUUUUGUUGAUGGGGGUUGGGAGUUGUUCCAUGAAAUGGUGGGAUGUGGCCUCAAGCCAAAUGUGGUUACUUUCAAUACGAUGAUAAAUUGGUACUGUAACAACUCUGAUGUGGAUUCUGCUUUAAGGCUUCUUGACACAAUGAAGCAUUAUGAUGUGACCCCAAAUCUGCAUUCCUAUACUUCAGUGAUGACCGCACUUUGCAAGGCAAAGAGAUUGGUGGAGGUGGAAAAGUGGUUUGAGAAGAUGCUUGAUUGUGGGCUCAUCCCUGAUGACCAUAUGUUUCAGUUGCUGAUUAAGUAUCUUCCAUUUGAUCAUGUGCCUUGGAUGAUGGGCAAGGUUUUGGAUUGUCUGUCCAGGAAUGGUUGCAAUAUCAACGUUUUGAGCUUUGUCAGAUUGUUUACUUCUGAUUCAGAUGAGGAAUUGCAGCGGGAAGUCAAGCUUCUUUUUGAUGAGAUGGCAGGAAACAAUAUAAUCCCAUUGAAUGUGGUUCUCCAUAUUUUGUUAGGAUCUGUGUGCUCACGGGGUAAGUUUAAUAUUGCUCAUCUCUUAUUGGAGAAUAUGGUUGAUCAUGGAUCUGUGCCUUCAAUUUCUCAUUAUAAUUUCUUAAUAAGAUGUUUGUGCAAGGAGGGUAGAAUAGAGGAUGCUUCUUUCUCAUUAUACUCUCUUUUAUGUCUUAAUCUGACUACACAUUCAAUUGUUAUAAAUUUUCACUGCAAGCGAAGAGACAUAGAUUUAGCAUUGAGAGCUUUUGAUAAGAUGAUACGGCAGGGUUUUAGGCCUCCUGUUGAUGUUUAUGAUUCAAUCAUAAGAUCUUUGUGCAAAGUAGGUAGGAUGUUGGAAGCUGAGCUCACCGUUGACAAGAUGCUACAGGUAGGCGUCAUGCCAGGUGAAAGGAUCUACAAUGCACUCAUCAACGGUUAUUCAAAGAUGGGAAAGAUUGUUGACGCUCAAUACCUGUUUGAUGUGAUGGUCUAUCGUGAUAUUCGACCGAGUUGCCAUGCUUACUGUGCUCUUAUUAAUGGACUGGUAAAGGCUAACAUGUUUAGAAUGGCCGUCAAAUAUCUGCGUAUGAUGCUGGAGGAUGGUUUUGUGCCAGGCACAGUCCUUUACACAAUGCUCAUACACCAGUUCCUUAAGAAAGGGGAUGUUCGCUUUGGACUAGAUAUAUUUGCAUUGAUGGUGAGGAACCAGGUUGAACCUGAUCUUGCUACAUUUGUAGUUGUGAUCAGUGGUAUAUGCAGAAAUGUCUCGCGGCAUGAAAAAAUGGAACUUUCUUUAGUUGGAAAAUUUGGAGAAGCAGGGUGCUUACUUUUUAAGUUGUUAUCACGAAAUACUAUUGUGCCAGGAAAGCUAACUCAAAAUAUUCGAUGUGGAACUGCUAAAGAAAAAAUUGAGCUAGCUUGGGAGUAUAUACUACAUCUGCCGGAUAUUGGCUUGGUUCCGAAUUUGCAUAUUUACAAUGGGAUGAUUAAUGGGUUUUGCCGAGGUAAUAUGAGAAACAAUGUUAAUGCCCUCAUAGAUCCUAUGGACAAAGCCGGUGUUGUCGUUAACCAAGUAACAUGUAACAUCUUAAUGGGUGCCCAUAUCAAUUCUGGUGAGAUUGAUUGUGCGACAGAAUUAUUUAACCAGAUGAACAGGAAUGGUUGCAUGGCUGAUAAUGUUACUCUUGAUACACUUAUAAAAGGUUAUUCUAUUGCUGACCGAGGGAUGGAGGCAUUAUCUCUUUUUCACAUGAUGCGAAAGAGAGGGUUUUUCCCUAGCAAAUUUUCAUGUCGUAGAUUACUUGACUGCCUCUGUCAAAGUCAUGCCGGCGAUCUUGCAUUUAUGUUAUUUGAGGAAAUGGUCUCACUUGGCUAUAUGGAAGAGGAAAGUUUGCAGGCAGCUCACAAAAUCUUCGACAUGAUGCUUAAGAGAGGAAAAAUGUUGACUUACCAGUCAACCUGGUCAAAAGGGAGUUUAAUUCAGAGGAGCAUGGUGGGCACGAGACUAAAAGUGGAGAAUUAA